AUGAAGGGUGCUGCUGAGGAAGCUGCUGCUGGAGACUCUUUGGCUGCAAACGGAACAGCCAAAGGGCGCAGCAAAGACACGUCUAGCAGCAGCAGCAGCAGCAGCAGCAGGGAUAAAAGCAAGACGCGGCACAGCAGCGGCAGCAGCAGCAGCAGCAGCAAAAGGCGCGACAGCAGGAAGGAGAAGAGACACAAGGAGAAGAAAAGAGGCGACAGAGAAAGAGACAGAGAAAAAGACAAAAAGAGCAGCAGCAGCAGCAGCAGCAAAAGCAGCAAACAAAGAGAUGGCUCUCCUGCGCCGCUGAAGAGGCAGGAAAAGAGCAGCAGUCGCCGCCACCGCAGCAGCAGCAGCAGCAGCAGCCGCAGACGUAGCAGCAGGAAGCACCGGAGCAAACACAGCAGCAGCCCAGAGCACCGCAGGGGACGCAGCAGCAGACACAGCAGCAGCAGCAGCAGCAGCAGCAAGAGGAAGAGGCACUCCAGCAGCCAGAGAGACAGAGGCGGAGACGCCAAACGAAUACACAAGACUUCUCAAGGCGCAGCAGCAGCAACUGCUGCUGCUGCUGCUGCUGCGCCUGCAGCAGCAGCUGCAGCAGCAGCCAAGCCGGCUGUCUCCGCCUCGACCGCGCCUGAUCAUGCUGCAGUGCUGCAGUCAGCAGCAGCAGCAGCAGCAGCAGCAGCACCAACAAAAGCAGCAGCGUUGCCAUCAACAGCAGCAGCAACAUCUCCAUCAACAGCAGCAGCAGCGUCAGUAGCAGCAGCAGCAGCAGCACCAGCAGCAGCAGCAGCAGCACCAGCCGCAGCAGCAGCAGCAGCAGCAAAGAGAAGGACAGGGGCGCAGCAGCAAAGAGCAGUGGACUCGUCGCCACCCAGAGGGGGCAUGCGCUACACAUCCCGGAGCAGAUCUCCUGGGCAGCAGCGGCGCUCUCCUUCCUACGGGGCCUACCGCAGCGUAUCUGGAGACUGCAGCAGCAGCAGCAGCAGCAGCAGCAGCAGCAGCAGCAGCAGCGGCCUGAAUAUGAAUGAUGACGCUUUCGAGGAGGGCGAAGAAGAAGAUGAAGAUGAGGCUUUCGACCUUUCUCUCACUGGCGGCCGCUUCUACGAGCUGCUGGAGCAGCAAGUCACUUGCGUCUCCGUGGGGGGCCCUUUGCCGAUUCCAGAGCCAGUGGAGACUUUAGAAGACUGCCUGGCCAGCAGCAGCAGCAGCAGCAGCAGCAGCAGCAGCAGCAGCAACGGGGGGGGGCUGCUGGCGCCGCUGGUGGUGGAGAACUUGAAGAAGAUGAAGUGCAAGUGGCUGCUGCCGAUUCAGCGGUUUGCGUUUCCUGCUGCAGCAGCAAACCACGAUUUGUUGGCUAGAGCAGCAACAGGCUGCGGCAAAACCCUAGCUUUUUUGGCUCCUCUUGUUUCGAAGUCUCUUUCUUUCAAGGGUUUGUUCAGGCCCCACUUCCCCGGCAGCCACGCCCAGGCCUCUCCGGUGUCUGUGGUGCUGUGCCCCACUCGCGAGCUGGCGAUGCAAAUUGACGAACAGCUCGCGAGGCUGGUGGUGGGCAGCGACCUUUCGCACAGCCUGUGGAUCGGGGGUGUCUCUGCGACGGAGCAGGUGCACGAGAUAAACCGGCGGCAGAUCGACGCAGCUGUCUGUACACCCGGGAGAGUCGACGAGUUGUGUUUGAGAGGAAAAGUCUCUUUAGAAUUUGUUCAACUUUUGGUUUUGGACGAGGCGGACGCAAUGCUAGACUUGGGGCUGCAGCAAGUCAUGACGGAGUUGGCGACGAGUCGAGACAUGCCUGCGACUCGCCAAACCCUUUUAUUUUCGGCAACAUUUCCGGAAAAACUUUUAUCUCUUUUGCCUCUUGUUUUGAAGUCUCCUUAUUUCAAAAUUGAAGUUCAAAAUGACCAAAACAAGCUGCAGCAACAAGCCCCCAUCCAGCAGAUUUGUUCAUCUUUCAGGAGUUCAAGUGGCUACCAACAUGGGAGGAAAAGAUUGCAGAAUUAA